AUGUCCCCAACCUUGGGGCGUCACCCCGGAUGUCCCCAGAGGAAGGAGCCGGUGGGGACGGACGAGUCAGUCCCAGAGAAUGCCCGGAACCUGGAGGGGCUCACGGCCGAUGUGCUGGGGGCUCUCCAGGUGUCCCAGAUCAAGCAGCUCCGGCUGCUCAUCGAUGAGGCCAUCCAGGAAUGUGACUCAGAGCGGCUCCGGCUCGAGGCUGAGCGGUUCGAGAGCCUGCGGGAGAUCGGGAACCUGCUGCACCCCUCUGUGCCCAUCAGCAACGAUGAGGAUGUGGACAACAAGGUGGAGCGGGUGUGGGGUGACUGUAGCUGCAGGAAGAAGUAUUCCCACGUGGACCUGGUGGUGAUGGUGGAUGGCUUUGAGGGCGAGAAGGGGGUUGUGGUGGCCGGGAGCCGCGGCUACUUCCUGAAGGGUCCCUUGGUGUUCCUGGAGCAGGCCCUGAUCCAGUACGCCCUGCAGAGCCUGCGGGCCCGGGGCUACACCCCGGUCUACACCCCCUUCUUCAUGCGCAAGGAGGUCAUGCAGGAGGUGGCCCAGCUCAGCCAGUUCGACGAGGAGCUCUACAAGGUGACAUGUUUUGGUGACGAGGAGAUAGCUUGUGCUGGCCCUGAGGUGACAAGGCUGGUGUCUUGUCUCCACCUCCAUGGCCCCCCGCUCAGCCCUGUGUCCCUGCUGUCCCCAGGCUCCCUGAACCAUGCAGCCAGCAAAAAGCUGGAUCUGGAGGCCUGGUUUCCCGGCUCCGGAGCCUUCCGGGAGCUCGUGUCCUGCUCCAACUGCACUGACUACCAGGCGCGGCGGCUGCGCAUCCGCUACGGCCAGACCAAGAAAAUGAUGGACAAGCCACGAGGAAUGCUGGAGACACCAGGAGCCCUGGAGGCGCUGGGGAUGCUGGAGGCGCUGGGGACGCUGGAGGCGUCAGGGACGCUCCUGGAGGCACCGGGGAUACCGGAGGCGCAGGGGAUACUGGAGGAACUGGAGACACCGGGAGCACCCAUAUCCUCAGGGACAGCGGGAGCGCCGCGGAUACCGGACACACCAGGAACACUGACGUCCUCUCAGACAGCAAGAGCGCCGGGGCCAUGCUGA